AUGGCUCGCUACGGCAUGAUAUUCUCUUUGCUUAUUUUGGCCAUUUGCUGCCAUUGCUGUUGCUGUGCAGCUCUGGCUGCGCCCGAUGAGGAACGAUACAUACGAAAGGAUUUCAAUCGGGAUCUUCUGGAUUGGUAUAACAAUGCCAAUCAAUAUCCAUCUGGACAAUUGGCCAGCCUUUGUCGGUAUCCCUAUUUCCUGGACAACUCACUGAUUGGCCCUGUCCGCAUGAGGAAACGCAAUUCGGAGCUGAUCAAUUCUCUUCUAAGUCUUCCCAAAAACAUGAACGAUGCUGGUAAAUAAACUGAACACUCCCUUAAAAUGGUCAAAUCUUGAAUGGAUCUGGACAACAAGAUAAGCGAUGUUGAUAUUUAUGUUUGGGCAAAAGAAGGCGAAGUCUUUAUGGAUUAAAAUGAAUUAUUUUAGAGAUAAAAGACCUCAUACAUUUAAAUACUCCAGUGUGUGUAUAUAUGAAGAAGUAUUACUAAAUAGAAAAUUAUACAUAAUAGCACGUUAAAUAUACACAAUUCUAGCAAAAUA